AGAAACGGGAAGUUGAAGUCGUCGUCGUCAGGUUACGAGCCGACGAAACUGACAGACUGUAGCAAUAAUUGGUCGCUCCCCGAUCCAUCUGGGUUUCGCCUGCCAGCGGCGAGAUGUCCUUCUUCUUCCGGGCCGCAUCGCGGCAGCGCCCGUUGCCGCAGGAGAUCGCGCGCUCCCUCAAGGACUCCCUCGUUGCCCUCGACACCAAGACCGGCGCCAAGGCUCUCGAGGAUGCUGAGAAAAACAUACUUACAUUGAGGCAUACGCUUGCUGGCGAUGGAGAAGUGGAACCAAAUCAAGAGCAGGUUUUGCAGAUAGCCCUUGAGAUUUGCAAGGAGGGUGUUCUUUCCCUCUUUGUUCAGAAUCUUCCUUCAUUGGGUUGGGAGGCUAGAAAGGAUCUUGUCCACUGCUGGUGUAUUUUGUUGAGACAGAAGGUUGAUGAAAGCUAUUGUUGUGUCCAGUAUAUUGAAAAUCAUUUUGAUCUUUUGGAUUUCCUUGUUGUUUGCUAUAAGAACUUGGAAGUCGCGUUGAAUUGUGGGAACAUGUUGCGAGAAUGCAUAAAAUAUCCUACACUUGCAAAAUAUAUAUUGGAGUCAAGCAGCUUCGAGUUGUUUUUCCAGUAUGUUGAAUUGUCAAACUUCGAUAUUGCAUCUGAUGCUCUGAACACUUUCAAGGAUUUGCUAACCAAACAUGAAGAUGCCGUCUCUGAAUUUCUGAGCUCACAUUAUGAACAGUUUUUUGGACUCUACACAAAACUUUUAUCUUCAACUAAUUAUGUGACACGAAGACAAUCAGUGAAGUUUCUUUCAGAGUUUCUGUUGGAGGCCCCAAAUGCUCAAAUAAUGAAGCGUUACAUUUUGGAAGUUCAUUACUUAAACAUUAUGAUGGGCCUGCUAAAGGAUUCAAGCAAAAAUAUCAGGAUAUGUGCCUUCCACAUUUUUAAGGUAUUUGUUGCCAAUCCAAACAAGCCUCGUGAGAUUAUUCAGGUUUUGGUUGAGAAUCACAGAGAAGUGUUGAAGCUACUCCACAAUCUCCCCACAAGCAAAGGUGAAGAUGAACAGCUUGAUGAGGAGAGAGAUUUAAUUAUCAAAGAAAUCGAGAAGCUUGUGCGGUUGUCAGUAUAAACCCUCAGGAAAUUCGAGCGUAUCCUUGAAGACAUACUGUGCAAUAUGCUGCCUUGUAUAGAGCUUGUUUUUCAUGUAUGGAAAAAAAGUUUGGCCACAAAUUGCAUUCUUCACGAGAACACUUAGCAUUUCUGUCAGAAAAUUAUUUUCGUGUAGCAGAAUUUGCAACAGGAAUAAUCUGCAUUAUGGUGUGGUGUUGAUACCAUUAAGGAUUGGUGAAAGUGCCUGCCAUU